AUGGAAGAUUCCCAGCUACCGUUGGUCCGGUCGGCAAGUGGUGCAUGCGACGCAUGGUCAAGGUUGGAAGACCACUUCGAGAAGAAGAGUCUUGCCAACAAGCUGUUCUUGCGCCGUCGCUUCUUCACGACAAUGAUGGAAGAAGGCGACGAUGUGCUCGAACACAUCAACAAGCUCAAGACGCUGGCGGAACAGCUAGAAGCGGUGGGGGCUCCAGUCUGCGAGGACGAUCUGGUGAUCACACUUCUCGGCAGCCUGAGUGACUCGUAUCAAUUCUUGAUCACAGCUUUGGAGUCGCGCUCAGACACUCUUAGCUGGGAGCUCGUGACGUCUCGACUGCUUCAUGAAGAAAUGAAGCGGAAGGAGCAAGGAAGUAAAGGUGAUGAAGCUUCGCAAGGUCAAGCGUUCAUCACAAGGGACAAUCAGCGCAAAGGGCGACCAGUGAAGAAGUCCUGGCCGUGCCACAAUUGCGGAAAGAUUGGUCACUGGAUGGCGGAGUGCCCCUCGCGCAUCCAAGAAAACACGGAGAGACACCGGCCACAGCGUGCUCAAGACAGCGGCGACCGCUAUCGAUCACAACGUGCAAACGUCGCUCAAGAAGAAGACUCGGGCGACUACCUCUUUUCGAUCGGUGAAACGACAUCUGCGAAAUCGAGCGACAUCUGGCUGGUCGACUCCGGGGCGACGCAGCACAUGACGUGCUCCAAGAAGUUCAUGCGGAACUACAAGGGGUUUGACGCUGUGGAUGUCCAUCUCGCGGAUGAUGGAAUCGUCCAAGCAAUCGGCAGUGGGGACAUUGUCAUGUCGAUGAAGACACCCCAAGGGAUGAAGAAAGGUGUGCUCACAAACGUGUGGCACAUCCCAAAGUUAUCCAGAAACCUGUUCUCGGUCGGCUGCUUCAUCAAGGAUGUCGGCCCAGUGACGUUCACGAAGGAUGGGUGCUAUGGAGAAGCGAAAGGGACCAAGUGGAAAAUUGGUGCCCGUGAAGGUAAAGGACUGUUCAAGCUGCAAAUGACUCCAGUGGCGCCGGAACAAGCAAAUGCAGCCAAGUCGUCGGGAUGUCAAGGGGGCACCAAGUCGUACCUCUGGCACCUUCGGCUUGGCCACAUAGGUCACGAUGGACUCAAUUGCAUCGUGACGAAGAACAUUGGAAUUGGCAUCGACAUAUCUUCGGUGAAGAAGUGGGACGUGUGUGAAGGUUGUGCUCUGGGAAAACAGACUCGAGUGCGCUUCCAAUCAAACACUACAGCUCGCACCUCCAAACUCCUCGAAGUGAUUCACAGCGACGUAUGCGGACCGAUGUCGAUGGCAACUUUCAGUGGAAAACGGUACUUCGUGACAUUCAUUGAUGACAAGUCAAGAUACUGUGUCGUCUAUCUGCUCAAGAGCAAAUCUGAAGUUGCGGCGAAGUUCAUGGAAUACGCUGCGAUGGCCGAAACGCAAACCGGAAAGCGCGUGAAGUACCUUCAAAGCGACAAUGGGGGUGAAUACAAGUCCGACAAGCUGGCACGAUUCUGCGCGGAACGGGGAAUACAACAAAGGUUCACACCCCCAUAUACUCCUCAGCUAAACGGAGUAGCUGAGAGAAUGAAUCGCACGCUGGUCGAGUGUGCGCGUUGCAUGAUGGAACACGCUGGACUGGGAAAGAGCUACUGGGGUGAAGCAGUGAUGACGGCGAUGUUUCUUCGAAACCGCUGUCCAACACGUGCCAUUCACCAAGACAAGUCUCCAUAUCAAGUGUGGACGAUGAAGAAACCGAUUCUGGCCAACCUUAAAGUGUUUGGAUGCCACGCGUAUGUUCAAGUGCCUCAAGACAAACGCGCGAAGUUCGACUCCAAGUCAUCACUCUGUCGUUUCCUGGGAUACGUCGAACACCAGAAGUCAUAUCGAUUUGAGGAAGUGUCAACAGGAGCGAUCAAGAUCAGUCGCGAUGCCACAUUCAUGGAUUUUGAUUGA